AGGGAACCCUUCGAUGAGCUCCUCGUGCACGCUGCACAUCGCGGUCGAUGCCGACUUAUCGGUCGCCUUUGACGACCUCGUAGCGGCCGCGGCGUCGCCCUCAAACUCCAUCCUUUUCUCCCGCCUUCCACCGCGCACGCAGGUGCAUGCGGUGCGCUGCGUGAACGCUGUGGCCCAAACCGUCGUGCUGACCCUUGAAGCAACAGCGCAUUCGGAAGACGACGCAGGUGCAAAGCUUGCCAAGGCGAGUGCGCCGCAGCUGGACGAGUGCAUCUACGCGGUGCUGAUGCUUGACGUUCAGCAGGUGCCGCCCUUGAUGUCUACCUCGACUGCCCACCGCAGUCCGCCGCACCCCAGCGGUGCCGGCCCCCUUGGCUGGUACCUGGAUGCGGUGGUGGACGGCGUGCAACAGGAGAGGAGGAGGAAGAGCGAGGCCAGUGGCCAACACGACGCCUCGUCAGCAUCGGAGCUGCACGAUGCACGACAUCACACUUCGCCGCUGGCAUCAACAUCGGCAGCGUACGACGUUGCGGUGCAUCUGUCGCUCAUUGUCGUGCCCAACGCGGUGGCCUCGCUGGACGGGUUGAACAGCACAAACGUUAACAUUACUGCAAAGGAGGCGGCAACGCUGGCCAGUGCCGCGGCGGCGUGGAGCGCAGCGCGACGACUCCUGUUAGCUGAGGGAGCAUCGAUUGAAAAAGGAAUUGGGCAGCAAGAAAGAAGAGAGGAAAACGAAGAAGGAGGAAGGGUCGCCGCUGUAAAGGGUGAGAAGACCGUUACGUGUCCGGUGACGCUGGGCUUGUGUGCCACAGCCGGGCAGCCGCAGCACGCGAUGCAGAUGGUAGCCGCGCUGGGCAACAAAAUCUUAAAGAACUGGUGGUCAGCCGCCACGGAAGUAGCAGCAACAGCAUCACCCACAAGUGCUGCCGACUCAGAAAUGCUGUCCGCCACCGACUUCAAGUCGAUUCGCCCUGACACACAGCGCAAAUGCAUCCCCACCGACUUCCAUGCCCUGUACACGAGCAUGCUGACGGAGGUGUCCUCCUUCUCUGAGCGAAAGACCAUGGCAGCGGUUACGGCGUUUCCCACGAUGUGCCACUUGCUGGAGUACGUGGACAGCGUGGCCGCGCCGGAUGCGACGAAGCAGCCGAAUGCGGCACGGCCGGCCGCGGUGACGGUGCCGGCGCAGGCGGUGUACAGCACGAAUUACGGGGAGCAGCGCUCGUGGAAUGUGCUGAGCGACUCCAUCGUCGAGGCGCUUGCGACGGAGUUCCAACGCUCGUAG